AUGGCUGAGAACAAUACCGCCUCUACUCCCUCAUCUCUGCCCUCGGCUCCCCAGCCUGCUCCUGGUGCUCAGAACCAGCAGUAUGAUGGCGCCUUUGACGGUGCCCCGGGCAAUGGUCAAACGAACCCAUCCCACAUGCCUCCUCCACCUCGCCCGCCGGUCAUCAUUCCCCAGAACAACAACCCCAUUCCUACGGCUAUCACAUCGCCCAUGUCUGCGGGUAUGAUGUCCCCAACGAGCGCAGGUGGCUACGUUCGUCGCGCUGCGCCUGAGCCAAACAAGAGAGCUUUGUAUGUCGGUGGUCUGGACCCACGAGUGACUGAGGACAUUCUCAAGCAGAUCUUUGAGACCACUGGCCACGUGCUGAGUGUCAAGAUUAUCCCCGACAAGAAUUCUCAGUUCAACUCCAAGGGCUACAACUACGGAUUUGUUGAAUUUGAUGAUCCCGGUGCCGCUGAGAGGGCCAUGGCGACUCUAACUGGACGUCGCAUUCACCAAUCGGAAAUCCGCGUGAACUGGGCUUAUCAAUCCAACACUAUCAGCAAGGAGGAUACCUCGAACCACUUUCACAUCUUCGUUGGUGACCUCAGCAAUGAAGUGAAUGACGAGAUCUUGACCCAGGCCUUCUCCGCCUUUGGAACUGUUUCCGAGGCCCGUGUGAUGUGGGACAUGAAGACUGGGCGCUCGAGGGGCUAUGGCUUUGUUGCUUUCCGCGACCGCAAUGAUGCUGACAAGGCGCUCAACGCAAUGGACGGCGAAUGGCUUGGCUCUCGUGCGAUCCGUUGCAACUGGGCUAACCAAAAGGGACAACCUUCGAUCUCUCAGCAGCAGGCUAUGGCUGCCAUGGGCAUGACUCCUACCACUCCUUUCGGCCACCACCAUUUCCCUACCCAGGGUGUGCAGAGCUAUGAUAUGGUUGUCCAACAGACCCCCCAGUGGCAGACCACUUGUUACGUCGGCAACUUGACCCCAUACACCACCCAGAACGACCUAGUUCCUUUGUUCCAGAACUUCGGUUACGUUCUCGAGACUCGCCUCCAGGCCGACCGAGGGUUUGCCUUUGUCAAGAUCGAUUCGCAUGAAAACGCUGCCAUGGCUAUCUGUCAGUUGAACGGUUACAAUGUUAAUGGCCGUCCGCUGAAGUGCUCUUGGGGCAAGGAUCGACCUCCUACCGGUCAGUUUGACAACAAUUUUGCACAGCAGGGUAAUACGGCUGCCUUCAACAACACUACUGGAUUCUUCCCCCAAUACGGUGGUCCUGCUAACCCCAUGAACCAAGAAGGUGCUGCACCAGCCGGUCGAGGCUGGGACCAGGGUAACAACUUCACUGGCCCUGGUAUGCCUGGCCAAGGCUUCCCUCAAGGCAAUGCCGGAGGAUACGGCCGUGGUCAGGCUAUGUCCCCGUCUGGCAACUGGGACCAGUCCAACGCCAACUUUGCUGGAGGCUACCAGGCUUAG